AUUUUUGGUAUUAAGAGCAUAUCAAAACAACCAACCCAAACCUUAUUAAAAUGGCAUUCAAAUUCGUCACUUUGUUCGCUGCUCUCGUAGCUGUUGCCAGUGCCGGUGUUCUCCCAGCUGCUCCUUUGGCCUCUGUUGCUAAAGUUGAGGAAUACGAUCCCCAUCCCCAAUACUCUUAUGGUUAUGAUGUUAAGGAUGUUCUUUCCGGUGACUCCAAGACCGCCGUUGAAACCCGUGAUGGUGGUUUCGUCCAAGGUCAAUACUCUUUGAACGAUGCUGAUGGUUACAGACGCAUUGUUGACUACACCUCUGACCCCGUCAACGGUUUCAACGCUGUUGUUCGUCGUGAACCUUUGGUAGCUGCUGUUGCUGCUGCCCCCGUUGUUAAGACUGCCGUAGCUGCUCCCGUUGUUGCUGCUCCUGCUCCAGUUGUUAAGGCCGCCGUUGCUGCUCCCUUCACCUAUGCCGCUGCCGCCCCUGUCGUUAAGGCUGCCUAUACUGCCGCUCCAGUCGCCUAUGCUGCACCAGCUGCUUAUGCUGCUGCCCCAGUAGUCAAGGCUGUUGCUCCCGCCCACUUCGGUUAUGCUGCACCAGCUGCCUACGCCGCUGCUCCCGUUGUAAAGGCCGCCGUUGCUGCUCCCUUCACCUAUGCCGCCCCAGCUGCUUAUGCUGCCGCUCCCGUCGUUAAGGCUGCCGUCGCUGGUCCUGCUGUCGUGAAAACUUCUUUCGCAUCUCCCCUUAUCUCUUAUGCUUAUUAG